CUUUUAAUCACCUUAUCCAUUCUUUGCCUGUUGCCUGCUGUUUUCCUUGUCCGCGAACUGGAACUCCAAAAGCUCCACGACGAACUUGAACGGCAGGGAAUGGCGAUGAAAUGUUUGGCGCCUAAUCUAUCAUCCCACGCACCAUGCGCUUACUCUGUCCGCUUUGCUUCAUCUACCAUCUCCGCUGAAUCAACUUCAGCUGCCACCCAAGUCGCCACCGCAACUUCUCCCCUGCCCUCUCCUCCGCCGACGGCAACUACGACGACUAGACGAAAAGCUUUAUCGGCAGCAUCCUUAGUCCUAUCCACCUUGCCAUUCUCCUCCGCCAAUCCUGCAUAUUCUUCUUCGAUCACCGAUUUCCUCGAGCUUCCGAAUUCCGGCGGCGUCAGGGCGUUGGACCUCCGCGUCGGUUCCGGCGCAGUCCCCGCCGACGGCGAUCAGGUAUCAAUCCAUUACUAUGGAAGGUUGGGAGCCAAACAAGGAUGGCGGUUUGAUUCGACUUACGAUCAUAAAGAUUCCAGUGGGGAGGCGAUUCCUUUUGUAUUCAUUCUCGGCUCUGGAAAAGUAAGGACAGUUCGCCUAGCGGAGCAGACACUUCACCUUGUUGGUUGCCGCUAAAUUGCUAAUGUACACCGAUUCACAAUUUACAGGUGAUUGCAGGGAUUGAAUCAGCCGUUAAGUCGAUGAAAGUGGGCGGCAUUCGUCGGGUGGUGAUUCCCCCCUCCCAAGGCUAUCAGAACACUUCGCAAGAGCCUUUGCCUCCUAAUUUCUUUGACAGGCAGAGGCUGUUCACCACAAUUUUCAACCCAACGCGGCUUGCCAAUGGAGAAGGGUCCACAUUGGGAACCCUCAUCUUCGACAUCGAGCUCGUCAGCCUGAGGAAUUAGGCAGCCGGAGCUCUUGGGUUCUGCAACUUAUUGGUGCCAGUGUAUCAUUGUAACUAAUUUACAUAUUCUUUGUAUUUUGAUCCUGCUAUAUAAGGGCUGAAAAUUGAGUAUUGCAUAAAUGUUUAUUUAUGUGCUACCAGUUUCAUCUCGCAGUAAUGGUAAAGAGGAUUAAGGGUUGUGAUUGGGGGAUCUACGGUGACAAGGCAGCUGAAUGUUGGUGCAUCCUUGUAGCUGCCCACAAAUUCAAGACUAUAGCCUUCUCAUCAACGGUGGCUCCUCGCACAUCACGGUACAGAAUGUUACUGAUCUCCACAUCUGAUGAGAAGUCAUGAGGAACAAGCGCCAUAAAGGUGUAUUCUUGGUCGAUGAUGAGUGCCACAGAAGACAUUAUAUCAGUGUUGCAAACUAGCAAUUCUGAGGAAACGAUUUGGGUUAGGAAAUACAGGAUUGAACAAAUAUAUGAAUUGUUCGGUUGGGGAUUGAAUGGAGUGAGUGGUAGGGAUAUUUUCUACCUUCCACUUCUUGAUACUAGCACCAUGCUAGUUCUAGUGAAGUUGGGAGUCCUGAGCAUGGACUUCUUCCACCGUCUCAUUGGCUCCAUUCUUUCUCAGGCUUCCAAUACUAAAUGCCAUGGCGAUGUCGGAAAUGUUGAUCUAAGGUGAAAAGCCAUUGAUGCAAAUGCAAUCAUCCCCUGUAAGUAAGCAGGGAGUCUACCUGGCUCAUUAUUUCCAGAACUGAUAAUGGCAUGUACCCAACAAGUCUCAAAAUGGACUCGUACCUGUGCCAGUGAAGUCGAGGAUCUGAACGUUGGAAGAAGUGCCAGUGAAGUCGAGGAUCUGAACGUCGGAAGAAGUACCAGUGAAGACUGUCACAUUUGUUGAAACUAACUGCCUGCAGAAAAAUGUACAAAAAGUGCAAAGGCAGUAACCAUUUCAAGCGCUAGCUAGCUAGGAAGACUGGCAGAGGCAGAGGCAGAGGAAUGUUAAGCAGGGCGUGCGGAAGCGUGAGACACAAGGGAUUGUUCAUGCAGAAUUAGCCAUGUGCAUCUAACAGGACCGCCUCGAAGAGCUCCAUAGUUAAGCACUUCGAAAGAAAGGUGCUGCUGCGCCAGUAUGCGAGAAGAUGAUGGAGUAGUAGUCUGAGCAAUCAUGAGGGUGAAAUCAUUGCAAAGCUAGUAAUACUAAUAAUGCAACAAAACGAUACUACCAUCCUAGCUAGCUAGCCUACUUCACUAUAUUCAUCUAUCGACUAUCAUGGAGGUGUCAUGGCAGAAGGCAAGGAACCCUCGGUGAUCGGUCCGCACUGGAAGUCCCGUGAGCGUUAUUGCAAACCGCAAACAACUGCUUCCCAGCAACCGCAGACGUCAUCUCCACAUCCUCCACCACAAUGUUCCUGCAACCCGCUCCAUCCCCGCAGUUGAAGUACACCGCCCUGGCGUCGGUAGACGACCCUAUCACUCCCUUGUACGACACGUCGCUUAUCUCCACGUCCCCUGACGACGACGACGACCAAGCAUCAUAUUCCUCAUCGGUCGACGCCGCUGCCAUCCGGUUCACGUACGUCUGGUCUAUGAUGAUCGGGUUCCCCGCGUUGAUCAUCCUUAUCCUCUCGAAGCUUAUCUUCCGAGCAUACCCUCUCCCUCCCUUCCAGGUCUUGAUCCUGGCGCCGUUCAUCGUGCCCUUGAAGGUGCAGUCCUCGACGUGGACUUCUUCCACGGUCUCGUAGGCGCCGCCCUUGCCGAGGCUGCCGAUGCUGAUGCCGUGCCCGGGCCCGCACAGGACGCGGGAGAUGUUGAUGUAGGAAGAGAAGCCGUUGAUGGCCACGCAGUCGUCACCUGUCCCGAUGAAGCUGUCGUGGAUGUGGAGGUGGUUCGAGGCGGAGAUGUCGAUCCCGUCGGUGUUGGGGCUCUCCUCCGGCGCCGUGAUCUUCAGGUGGGAGAUGUCCACGUCGUUGCAGCCGUUGAUGCUAAUGUGGUUCUUCUGGCUGUUCACGUGCUGUAACCCGCUCACCCGCAGGUUGUUGCACGAGUGGAAACUCAGCGCCUGGAUUUGCAUAUAUAAUGCAGUUCAGAAAAAAACAUAGCACCAAAAAAAAAAAACGGUCUACGUAGUUAGGGAUAUUGGAUUUGUGGUGUGUUACGGAUGGUCGUGGGCAGCUCUUGUCUUCCUGGCAAUAGUCCCACCAGAUCUUGCCCUGGCCGUCGAUCUGCCCGCCGCCGUAAAUGGUUAGGCCGUUUACUUGCAUGAACUGAAUCCAUUUCUCCUUGUUGUUGUCGUCCCAGGCGUUCAUGCUCCCGGGUGCCACGAGUGUGCCUUGCAGCUUAAGCAACCAAAAAACGAGUCACUAUGUAGAUACAUGAAAGUGGGUAGGAGUAAUUUGAUUCAGUUUUCAUGAUUCAUGUGAUUGUUGUCUGACCUAAUUAAAUAGGUA